AUGGAGAAUCAAAGGGAAGAAAAACCCAGAAGUGCACUCUUUCUCCUUCCGGUCAGACCCUCACCUACCGGUGGUGAAGCACCACCAUCGCCACUACAAUUUUCAGACCACCAACCACCGCCAUUGCUGCUCUAUCUCUCACAGAUUUGCACUCUUUCUCCUUCUGCUGACAAGAAGAGGUAUCUGAAAGGAGGAGGCGAUCGUCGGUGUUCAGAUGUUGGCCAAAGCUUAAUGUUUACCGCAGCUCAUAAAGAGGUAGAAGAGGAGUUCAUAAAUGAAAUCGAUGAAGUUGGCUCCGAUGAUACUGAGGUGAGGUCUAAAUUUAGGGAGAUGGCUCCGGCGGUGGGAUCGAUUGCACGUAUGGUUAUAAGAGGUGGUUCAAGGCGAAAGUCGAGUGAAUAA